CUUCCCGCCCCGCACCCCCGCUACUUCUGCCUCUCCCCUCUGUCCACCCACCUCGGCGCACGCUUCGCAAAGCCAACCCGGCCCACGGCACCCUAGCGGCAAGCCUCCCUUAUCAAGCUGCUGCACUCGUUCGUUGGGACCAUGGAGGACGUGGGGAUUACUACGUGGAUCGCCCACGGUUCUCUGCUCGCCUGGCACUGGAACGAGCGGAUCUUCCCAUGGGAAUGGGACCUGGACGUCCAUGUGCACCUUCGAGUGCUGCAGGAGCUGGUGAGCUGCUGCAACGGCUCGGUGUACAAGUAUGGCAUUGAGGGAAAAUAUUUGCUGGAUGUUAAUGCGUUUGUGUGGGAGAGGGAUGGUAAUGUGGACCCGGCUAAUCGGAUCGAUGCGAGAUGGAUAGAUCUUGCGACGGGGCUGUAUGUGGACAUCACGGCUAUGGAGGAGACUGAUGAUGCUGAAGGAGAAGGGUUGCUAGCGGCCAAAGACGGGCAUCGCUAUAGGAAGAAGGACGUGCUGCCAUUGGGGGCGGCGCGGUUUGAUGGUGUGGAGGUGCUGGUGCCACGCAAUGUAACGGUGGUGCUGGAGAAUGAGUACGGCAGGGAGGCACUGGUUAGGAGGGUGUUUAGAGGGUUUAGGUUUCAUGAGGACCUAAGGGAGUGGGAGGCUAUCACUUCAGAUAUGACGUCCCGCUGAGAGAAUGAGAAGCACGGCGAAGGAACAAAACGUCCAGACUACGUAAGAAUUACAAAGAAAAAGAUACAUUGCACCACGCCGACAGUGUUUUCCCCAUACAUGCGGAGACUGGAUGAGAUCCAACUGCAAGGGCUAAUAAUAGAGUUUAUGCCACCCUGCGCUUCAGCGUAGUGUACCGCGGUAAAGCGGGGAUAGCAGCUAUUGUCGAU